AUAUUUGAUCUUUACACCCCACUAUCACAUGCUGCUGCUGCUGUUGCUGCGCUUUAGCCAUGUGUUUUUAACCUGUACCAUUCGUGGAAAACUGAAUUUGGAGCUACACGGACCAAUAACUAUUGUGGAAACAACAGUUGAACGAUGGAUCCUCCAUCAGCAGCUACAGGUGGCAGAGGGAAAAGAAAGAAAACCUCUGCAGCACCUGAAAAGAACAAGAGAUUAAAAAUAGGGGAAGAUGGUGAGGGAAUGGAUGGGUGUGUGCAUCCAACCCAUUCACCGAGGAUCUCUUUGCUGCUCAAUCGACUCCAACAACCAGUGACACUGAAUGAGCUGACAGAGCUGCUGCAUUAUGCCGCUCUGGGGAAGACAGGUGGCAUCACACAGCCGAGUUGGUGUCGUCUCCACCAUCAGAGGAAGGUUAAAGGUGUGAACGUUGUCAUCGUUAACGGUCUGACCCAGACUCACUUUUACAAGCACUACCUCACCCUGCAACACCUCAGGAUCAACUACACCUCUAGAGUCACCUUCACUCCAUCAUCUCAAAACAUCGCAUCUGAAAUCUUUAGCAGAGAAGUUUCCAAUUCAGAUGGUCCAUCGAUUUAUCAAAAAAAGGAAAGCGUUAAAAUGCACAAAGCACUGAGGUAUCACCCGGUCAUCACCAAGUUUGGAACACAGACCAGAGGACUGACAGCGUAUUUACUCUCCCUGCAGGAGAUGAUCCAGCGUCACUACCCUGUUAAAGGAAUGCCAGGUUUUGAAGAUUUUGUGUGUACAGACAGCGUGAACUGCGUGACUGACAGCAGUCCUCUGUAUGGCCUUGACUGUGAAAUGUGUCUGACAGAAAAGGGCAACGAGCUAACCCGUGUUUCUCUGGUGGAUAGUGAUGGGAACUGUGUGCUGGACGAGCUGGUGAAACCAGAGAACCGCAUCCUCGACUACCUCACCAGGUUCUCUGGCAUUACCGCGGCAAUGUUGCGACCCGUCACGACGACCCUGCGGGACAUGCAGGCAAAGAUAAAGGCGCUGUUGCCAUGGGAUGCUGUUCUAGUCGGGCAUUCACUUAAUGGCGACCUUGUUGCACUCAAACUCAUCCACCCUCAUGUCAUCGACACAUCACUGCUGUACAGGAAAGAGUUUGGACAGAGGUUUAAGCUCAAGGUUUUGGCGGAGACAGUUCUGAAGAGGCAAAUACAAACUAAAAAGAAGAUGGGUCACGAUUCUAUUGAGGAUGCUGCAGCAGCACUGGAGCUGGCCCAGUACUUUAUUAAAACAGGACCUCGUCAGGUUUUAGAGCGUCAUCUGGAGGAGCUGUGGGGAUACACAUUGGAGGAGGAAAAGGAGGAGGAGAUCACAGACUCAUCUGCACCCUCGCUGAGUCUCAGGUUUGCAGACAUAUUACAGACACUUGGCCGGACAGUUGCAUUUAUAGGGAAGCGAUCGGUUGUAGCCUUGGAUCUGUCCAAUCAGCAGUGGCACAGCUCUGAUAAAGAGGUGUUGGCUUCCUACAGGAAACAGAGCCAGAGUUCAUUUCUCUCAGUGCUUCAGUUCUCUUCCUUCUCAGACCACGUCAAGCAGGAGCAGCGAUACCAGAGAGUGUGUGCAAACCUUCGGGACAUGUGCGUAGUAUUCGCUGGGCCGUUCCCUGCAGGUUUCUCCGAGAGGGAAGUGAAGCGUUUUUUUUGUUGCUGUGGACCCGUUCGGAAAAUCAAAAUGCUGAACACAGCUGUCAGAGUUCAUGCAGAGGUGGAGUUUGAGCUGCUGGAGGGAGCUGUGCUGGCUUUAAAGGUGCUGAAUGGAUUAAGUUUGCAAGGACAAUCCAUCAAGGUCCAGAGGCCUGUUAAUGAGUCCAUGCUGGACCUGGAUGAAACUCUUGAUGCUUUAAUGGGUGACGCUCUCAACACCAGUUCCCUGUAUGUCAUUAAAACAAAGCUCAGAACGGCUGAGAGCAUGAACAUUUCUGCAAAGGUCAACGGACACACAGUAGGUGCACAAUUUCCGGGUGCAUCUACCAUUACAACUGCCAAUGGUCUGUGUCCGACUAAAGCACACAAUAAAACAUCUAAACUGACUGAGGAAACAGUCAGAGAGACCUUCGGCAACUUUGGAGCUGUACAGAGAGUCGACCUGCCUGCCAAACCUGGAAAAUAUGCAAGACACGCCUCCAUAAAGUUUGAGAGUUCACACAGUAAACAUGCAGCUCUGAUCUCUGAGGAUCUAUCCAUGGAAAACUACGUCAUCUGUCCAUCCCUGACUCCCUCUCACCUACAUUCCUGGGUUUCCCUGGCGACCACAGUGGAUGCUGAGGGGGAGGACACAGAAAAAACCCACAUGCACAACAGUCAUCAGGACCAGGAAAUGGAGCUCAUGAUGAGGAAGUUGGACCGCUACCUGGGGAAGAUCUUCAAAUCUCUUCCACCCUGCACCUUGUCUGUGGUUGUGCUGCCUGGACACAACGGCGUUCAUGGUGACCUUCCUGGUUUGUGCUUCAUGGAGGUGAAAUCAGGGUCUGGAGGAGAACAGUGACAUCCAAGAAACUAACACGAGGACGACGACUCCUGUGAAUCGUCUGUAUCCAGUCAAAAUCAAGCAGGAGGUUGUGUAACAGGUUGUGUUUUGUACUAAAAUAAACUUAGUAUGUGAACACGAUUAUUAUGUUUUGUACCUGGAACAUGUUCUGUUCGUUAUUCAGACUUUAGCUGCCUGUUAAACUGGCUUUAUAGCAUAAAAGUAACAGUCUUGUACAUGUUUAUUAAUAUAUGAUGCUGGAUUUACAUUUUAUAAAAGCUAAAAAUGGCCUUUGGUACAGAUUUAUUUUCAUAAUAAACCUGAUUAUUUGGAGGAUCAGGACCUUUUUUUGGAUAAAAAUGGUAUAAAUAUUUAUGCUAAAACUGUGCCAGGUUUCUUUUUUAAUUAAAAACGGUGUUGAUGUGG